UUCUCUGUCCCACGUCUGUCUCCCGUGUUUCCUGCGCUUGUCCCUGCCGGUUCCUACCCCCGUUGUCACCAUGGCCAUCUUCCCUGCCAUCAUCACUACCCCCUACCCCCAGAAAGAGCUCCAGCCCCGACUCUGCACCUCUCCUGCUCAGCCUUCUGGAGUCCCCCAAACAGCACCCACCCCACCCCCACACUGAAGCCCUCACAGCCUUCACUUCACUACAGUCCAGCAGUCAGUGCGUUGCCCAUGUUGCCAAGCAGAGCUGCCACAGCAGGCAGCGUGGGCAUGAAGGGAGAGCCUGCCCCAGAACUGGGUUGUUGCCACAAGACCAAGGCCCUGGGGAGUACAGGGGGUUCCCUGACCCCCAGCCUGGACUCGAAGCUCAGCCCAGGUGACCAGGUCUUCCCAGCCUGCAGGUCACUUCCAAACACAGAGGACACCGAUGGCCUGUCCGACACCAGCUGGCUGUGCCCCAUGCCACUGGCACCAACCAGGCCCACCCUGCUGGCCUGCCCUCAGGGCCCGGACCUAUACCUGUGCACCCUGCAGCCUGCACACCUGGGCCCAGCCCCGCAGCGUCUCAGACAGGAUGUCUUGAGCAGAAAGCACCAGGCACCAGGGCUCCCUGCCAGCUCCACAGAUGAUGAGAAACUCACAGCCAAGUACCCUCCAGCCAGGGACAAGACGGGAAGCCAGCCAGAAAGAGCUGGCGAGGGGGCCCCCUGCCCAUCCGUCGUCUCUCCUCACAAAAGCACGUCUCCCACUGCCCAGCAGAAGAGAAAGGGGCCCAGACCCUGGGCUUUCUGCACCUGCCCCACUCCCACUCCUGUCUUCAAAGAUCUCCCGUUCCACUUCCGCUCCCUCUGUCCCGCCUGCCCGCUUCUCCUGCCGCCACCUUACCUGCUCGCCUAUGGGGCCCUACCUUCUGCCCAGUGUUCCCCUCUCUUCAUGCUGCCCCAAGAUGCCUCCGACACCACCAUGGCUGUGCCCAGCUUGCUGAAGAGUGUUGAUGAGCCUGGGUACCAUCGUGCCCCGGAGGGGACCCUGCUUCCUUCCUUCUCCCAAGCCUCUGGACAUACCCCGCCCUCCCAGGCCCAGAAUCCAGGCCCCAGAGUUGCCAGGACCUACUCCCCAGGGUCGCAGAGGGCUGGCGGGGUGGCUCCAGCAACGCGGGUCUCCUCGGGGUCCCGGGCAGGCACCACCCCGCUGCCCUACCCACUGAAGAAAGAGAACGGCAGAAUCCUGUACGAGUGUAACGUGUGUGGCAAGAACUUCGGGCAGCUGUCCAACCUCAAGGUCCACCUGCGCGUGCACAGUGGGGAGCGCCCGUUCCAGUGUGCCCUGUGCCAGAAGAGCUUCACCCAGUACGCCCACCUGCAGAAGCACCAACUGGUGCAUACUGGGGAGCGGCCCCACAAGUGUCCGAUGUGCCACAAGUGCUUCAGCAGCUCCAGCAACCUCAAGACCCACCUGCGUCUGCACUCUGGGGCCCGGCCCUUCCAGUGCAGUGUCUGCCCAAGUCAAUUCACCCAGCACGUUCACCUGAAGCUGCACCACCGGCUGCACACCCCACAGCCCCACCGCCUAGCUCACACCCACCUGCCCCUGGCAUCCCUCACCUGCCUUGCCCGAUGGCAUCCGGGGGCACUAGAUUUUGUGGCAGUGCCACCAGAGAUGCAGAUGGGCAGGGACGUGGACAAGGUCAAGUCGUCUUCGACAUCCCAGGGAAAGCAAGGACCAGCAGCCUGAGAGGUGGGGCCAACACUGCCCUGGGGAGAGGGCAGGGGUGGUGCAAUUAAAGGAUUUUCCC